CUUCACUUUGUUACGAAGGAACAAGAGCCUUCCCCCCCCCCCCCCCCCUUCGUUUUCAUUUGUGAAAAUACCUUGUUAGAGACAUCCUUUUUGUUUCCUUGCACUCUCAGUUUACUCAGAAUGUCUAUUUUACCAUAGACAAUUCCUGUAAUGCCCAUGCCCAUGCCCAUGCCUUGUUUUGUUCCCCUUUUGCCAGCUUUGCCUUUGAAGAUUGUUUUGGUUUGAAUCCCAGUUCUUGUUUCUGUCUUUCUUUUUAUAUAUUAAAAUUUUCUGGGAUUUCUCUGGACCAGAAAUUUACAAGAUCUGAGAUCGUGUCAGUGCCUAGUUAGAGGUUUUGUUGCUUUAUGAGAUGGAAGCAGAGAAAAAAUUGUAUUUCUGUGAUUGGCGGGGUGCGUAGGAUUGAGGGGUUGAAAAAUUGGGGUUUUUUUUUUUUUUUGAGAAAUAGAGAUGAAGGUGGAGGUUGGCUUAGGGCGCGUGUUGUGGGAUGAUGAUGAGAAGGCCAUGGUUUCAGCUGUUCUGGGCGCUCGAGCUUUCGAUUUCUUGGUGACAAACUCUGUGUCGAAUGAGAGUAUGUUAAUGGCUGUUGGGAGUGACGAAGGUCUGCAGAUGAAGCUGUCGGAUCUCGUGGACCGUCCGAACGUGUCCAAUUUCAGCUGGAACUAUGCUAUUUUCUGGCAACUUUCGCAGUCAAAAUCUGGGGAUUGGGUUCUGGGUUGGGGAGAUGGUUGUUGCAGGGAACCCAACGAGGAAGAAGAGGGUGGAGUUAGAGGAAUCCUGAGCCUUCGUAUCGAGGAAGAGACGCAACAGAGGAUGAGGAAGAGGGUUCUGCAGAAGCUGCACACAACUUUUGGUGGUUCAGAUGAAGACAAUUACGCUUUUGGGCUUGACCGUGUGACUGACACGGAGAUGUUCUUUCUUGCUUCCAUGUACUUCUCUUUUCCUCGCGGGCAUGGUGGCCCAGGUAAGUGUUUUGCAUCAGGGAAGCAUUUGUGGCUGAAAUCUGUAUCUGAUUACUGCGUGAGAUCUUUCUUGGCUAAAUCAGCUGGAAUUCAGACUGUUGUUUUAGUCCCUACUGAUUUGGGAGUUGUGGAGUUGGGUUCUGUGAGAAUGCUACCUGAGAGCUUUGAAUUGUUGCAGGCCAUCAAAUCUGUGUUCUCCACCCAAUCAUCAUCAUACCCUGUGGUGAAGCCACUUUCACCUUUACCUGCUGUGGCUGCGGUGAAUGAGAAGAAAAGGGACGAGAAUGCCCUUUUUCCUGGUUUGGCAGAUGGAGUUCCUAAAGGUUAUCUGAACACUGCUCGUACUCAUUUCAGGGAGAAACUUGCUGUUAGGAAAAUGGAAGAUAGGCCAUGGGGAGGCCACGGCCACCCCAAUGGAAAUAAUACCAUUAACUUUCCUAAUGCUCGAAAUGGUCUUCAUGGUUCAAGUUGGGGACAGCCUAACCCUACUGAAAUUUUUGCUCCUAGGUCCUCCACAAGCAAUGUUCAGGAGCUAGCUAAUGGUGCGAGACAGGAUUUCAGGCUGAGCAACAACUAUCAACCGCAAAGGCAGGUGCAAAUUGACUUUUCUGGAGCCACUUCAAGGCCUUCUCUGAGACCAAUCAUUGCUGAAUCAGAACUUUCUGAUGUUGAGGCCUCUUGCAAGGAGGAGCAACCGAGUGCUACCGAUGAAAGGAGGCCCAGGAAGCGUGGCAGGAAGCCUGCUAAUGGAAGGGACGAACCCCUUAAUCAUGUGGAAGCAGAGAGGCAAAGGCGUGAGAAGCUGAACCAGCGUUUCUAUGCCUUAAGAUCUGUUGUGCCAAACAUCUCCAAGAUGGAUAAGGCAUCGUUACUUGGUGAUGCCAUUGCUUAUAUCAAUGAGCUACAGGCAAAACUCAAGAUCAUGGAGUCUGAGAGAGAGAGAUUUGGAAGCACUUCAAGGGAUGGAUCAGUCUUGGAGGCAAACCCAAGAUCAGAAGAUAAUCAGAAUAGAGCUCCUGAUGUGGAUAUUCAAGCUGCUCAAGAUGAGGUCAUUGUAAGGGUGACCUGCCCUCUUGAUACUCACCCAGUUUCAAGAGUAAUACAAACAUUCAAAGAGGCACAAAUCAGUGUUGUAGAGUCAAAACUCGCUGCCGCAAAUGAUACAGUGUUUCAUACAUUUGUAAUUAAGUCCCAAGGAUCUGAACAGCUUACAAAGGACAAGUUGAUUGCUGCAUUUUCCCGAGAAUCCAACUCCUUACAGCCAUUGUCAUCUGUUGGGUAGCAAUUAACAUUAGAGUCCAUAGGCAUGAUACAUAGAGAAGAACCAAUUUCUAAAGCUUCCUCAAAAAUUUUGUAACGGCGGAGGAUCAAAAAGGAAAAGGAAAAGGAAAAGCAGUGGAACUAGAGUAGUAGAAUAAUAGCUCCUAUUAACCGUGUAGGGCCAGCCUAUUUAUUUAUGUUUGUUUACAGUAUACACAGUUUAUCAGAAAUAUUAUAAUUCCUGCAAUGUCAAUUGUUUUAUUUAGUUUAACCAAUCUAGCCACCAUGGUCAAAAGGGUUUGUUUCGGUCUUUUAGGCCAUCUCUCUCUCAGUUCUUAUUUUCUUUCUUGUAUUCUACCAAGUUCUGUGCAUAAGAGGAAAAGUAUUAUUAUCUGCUUCCUUUGUCACUUGUAAAGAGGUCCUGUCUCUCUAAAUUUAUAUAUUCUCG